ACCUACUCGGCAGCGCCAUGUCUCCAAACUGAUGAUUCCUUCGACAUGCAACGACCCGAAAUGCUGCAUCAUCACCUCACCAGUCCACCCCUAGCUCACCCCUGACCACGUCCUUAACUGAUCCCCCCUUUUACCCCCUUUCCUGCCUCUCACACGAAAAUAUUACUCUGACUCUCCUUGUUGGUUUAGAAUCCGCAAUCCAGAGCCGAGACGACCACAAACCUCCACUUUCAAGGUCCACCUCCCGAGCCAUCCAGUGUCAUUGUAGAUGGGUGCUCCGGCUCAUCUGUAUACUCCCCUGGAUAGGUCACCAUGACCAAAUCUAAAACCAACAACGCCUCUGGGAUCAAGUUGAAAUUCUCACUGGGGUCCCUUUCGUCUGCUCAAGCAGGUCCCUCUAAAUCGACCCCAACGCGUACAGAGGCGCCUGGGCCUAAUGACGCUGCGAGCUCAAGCAGAUCAAGGUCUGGGAAGGGAAGGGCGGUGGCUGGCGAAGAAAAGAUGGCAAAGGGGUCACCGACCAAAUCACGCCAGAUCAUCAACCCCGUGGCUAGCGACACGUCAACAGUGGUAGCCGAAAGCGACACUCUAAGAGACAGCACACCUCAGAGGCCACCGAAGCUGAAAAAGCAGAAAGAAAAGAUGUCGACAGAGACUGAUGAUACACGUGGUGAAGCAGGCCUCUCCUCUGGUAUCCUUGAUGGCCCAAAGACUCCCGCCAAUCCAUCCACCCCUCUCAGCUCCACAUCCACCCCCAUGACCUCUGGCUCCCGUGGUUCAACCAUUUCUCGUACCGGUCAACAUAUCUCUCCUCACGGCAAGGUGCUUGGACGUCCGAGAGGCUCCAAGACAAAACCAUCCGCACGUACUCCUCUCAUUCCCAGCUCGAAGAAGGGCAAGCAUGUCUUUCGAAGGCCAAGCGCUAUCCCCACGAGAUUGCUUUCCUCGACACCCUCCACUCCUCGGCCCCCGCCGCUCUCCCUCCAGCCCACAACCCCCGCUACCCCUUCUACUCCUGUAGAUACGGCCGACUCGCCGGUGAAGCUGGAGCCUGACCUCGAGACGGAACCUCUCGCUCAGGCGAUGUCUCCUUCAGUUGGUGAAGCGGCCACACCGGGUGAAGAUGCUGAGCCUGAGACUCCCUUGGAACCUGCUCCUCGAGUGAUCAAAGGGAAAAAACCACUGAAAGAACUGAUUCAGCGUAUCAUGGUCCAGCUUUGGCGGAAAGAUGAUUACGGCUACUUCUUCGAGCCCGUCGAGGUCGAGUCAUUGCCAGAUUAUCUCGAGACCAUUGGCGGUGAGGACAAGAUGAUGGACCUCGGCACCAUGCAGAGCAAAGCCGACAACGGGGACUACACCGACUUUGAACAAUUCAACGCGGACUUGCAAACACUGGUCACUGCCGCUGUGACCUAUAAUCCUGAAGGCACAAUGGUCCACACCAUUGCACAACGGCUACAAGUCACGGGGGAAAAACAGAUUGAAAAACUUCGGCCAAUGGUCGCUACGCCAGAGGCAACGCCUGCUCGAGGCGGAUCAGGUACGCCGUGGUCCGGUCGCGAGGGUACCAUGGGACUUGACACGCUCGAGGAUCUACCUGCCAACCUCUACAUCCCGGAAGAGAUGCUGCAUUUCCCUCCCAAUUCGGUGUACUCACUCGCCGUGGGAUGGAACCUCACGGGAGGUCGGCGAGUCUACUCGAAGCGUCAAAUACGAGGCCGAGAAAAGUUCAUCGGAAAAUGGAGACAUUGGGACCUGGACGGGACCAGGGAUCUUGCCGAGCUGGAAGAACCAGAGGAAUUGUUUGGAUCCCAAGUGACAACCCUUGGACCGAGGAAAGUGGUCGACUGGAGAGGACUUCGACGGGUAGAUUCAUGGUGGGAAUGCGAGAUCGGAGGACCGAACGGAAUACCUCCGUAUGCUUUUACGCCGUUUCCUCGACCUGCCGUCAAGCCGACUCGGGAACUUGAUGCUUUGGAAUGGGGUCCGUACCCUGAGACAGAUGCUGAGCUGGCAUUUGCGUCUGCGCGACAAAACCUCCCGCAAUCUGAGCUUCUCCGAGAGACCCUUCGACCUUCAAAACCCAAGGCCAAAACUGGACCCCCGAGUAAUUUCUCCAAUAUCUACGAUGACGGCGCCAAGCCGUCGGCCGAUUGGCUCAGAGAAAUGAUCUUUGGUGAUGUGACUGGCGAAGCAUACGCCAACAGUAUCCGGUCUUUCGUUGCUGGCGCCAUGAAAGGUGCUGGAACUGUACCCGAAAAGCUGCUCGAACGCCGUCGGAUGCCUUUGGAUCGUUACGUCCUGGAGCAUUUGCACAACGGCAUCCUCCAAUCUCCCACGGGAAGCCUGGCCAAAGAUACUGUGCGGGAUCUGAACACGAUGGUAGAUCAUCGCAAGCAUGCUCAACCUCUCCUCAAGAAGGAAAGGGAUCUGCUGCAGAUGUCCAAAUCGGCUUACCGUCGACAUGCGAUGAAGUACCUUGCUCGUCCUGAGAAUCCACUCGAUCUGGGCAGGAUGCUAAAGGUCCCUGCAGACUUUAGCUACAUCGGAAUAGGUAGUAAAGGAGGUGUGCCUGCGGCACUGAAAUGGGUUCAAGGGGAGAUUGCUCGAUUGGCUUCGGAGGGUAGUGGGGAUGAAACGAACGGCAAAAGGAAGCGAAUCAAGGACGAGCCGUCCAAUGUCAAACGCGCCAAAUUUGAAUCGUCGAAACUGGAUUCGGCGACUUCGUCGCCGUUGAGUGAAGCUCCAGACUCGCCAGUCAAGCGAGAAAGUGAAGGGACAGUGGAAUCUCCAUCAAGGGAAGAAGCCUUGACAAAGUUGAGACUUGAAUUGGUGGCUCUUUGCAAGUACUAUCCCUUGUCAGCGUUGAGAAAGAUGGAUAAGGAGGACGCUACGAGGCUGUUACCGGCCAGCGUGAGACAGCUCAUGUCAAAGCCAGACAAGGAGCUGGCGAAGAAGUGAUCGCGCGGCGAUCAGAGAAGAUUUGUAGCAUACAGUGUAGUCCUGUACAUUCACUACAUGCAUUUGACAUGGC